AUGUCCAGAUCAGUGCGCCCCAAGCGCGCUGGCGAAGAUUACGCUCGCACCCACCAAGCCGCCGAAGACGAUUUUGCCGGGCCUGCAUCUUCCAAAAAACCACGCUUCGAUUUGCGCAACCCGUCCGCACUGGCACCAGAUGAGCUCGAGGAUGAUGCAGUGCUAGACGCUGACGAGAUUGGUCGCCGAGGACAGGGUGUCCGUCGCAACGCGGUCAAUCUUGAUGGCUACCAAUCCGACAGUGAAAACGAAGGCUUCAAUGCGCGGGUCGAUGCGAAGGCCAAAGCUAAGCGGCGGCAACAACGCGAACAAGAUGCUGGUGGCGAUGACGACGAGGACAUGUUUGCCGAAGAAGGGGAAGACGAAGUUGCGGAUGAAAUGGGCGAAGAAGAGGCAUAUCGAAAGAAUAAGAAAAAUGUGCGCUUUCUCAAGGACGAGGAUAUAGAGGGUCAAGUAAAUAGCUCCCGCGGUGGUCGUAGCGUUCACGUUGACCUCGCUGGUCCGCUUGAUGCGCGAAGAGCUGAAGAGGCAGAAAGUGAGAGCGAGAGUGAGGUAGACGAAGCCGAACGCGCUCGGGUAGACGAAGACCUGGACGAGGAGGUUGGAGCUGGUGGUAAAAAGACGCACGCGCCGCUCAUCGAUGCAUUCAAUAUGCGAACAGAACAGGAAGAAGGCCGUUUCGACGACCAAGGAAACUAUAUCAGAAAAGCUGUUGACCCAGACGCAAUCCAUGACACAUGGUUAGAUGGCGUUUCCAAGAAGGAUAUCCGCCGAGCAAAAGAAGCCGCUGAUAAACGAGAAAAUGAGCGACGUGAGCGAGAUAGGGCGAAUGACAGUAUACUGGCAGCUGACAUUCUACGCACAUUAAUCAAACAUCUUCAGCGCGGAGAAACCGUACUUGAAGCGCUCGGACGACUUGGAAAGGGUCUCCGUAAGAAGCCUAAGUGGCAAAAUAAACAGAAGAACAAACAUAAGAACAACGGCGCACAUGCUGAAGAUGUUGAAAUGACCGAAGAAAAUCCCGAGGAAGCUGCUCGAAAGAAGGCCAUCGAUGAGAUAACAGGCGCCGCAGAUCUUCUCUUGACGAGAGGUCAAACAGAAAUUUACGACCAAGAAAGAGAGAUGCUCACUCGUCAAUUCCGUCGGGAAACAGGUGAAGACUGGAUUGAUCCGCCUGAUGAGGCGGGAGAAGCGCAAACUCAGGUCCCAGGGCAAACCUCGGCGGAUCAAACGACGUUAUGGGAAUAUCGAUGGUCAGACACUCGGGACGGGGGUGAGAUACAUGGCCCAUACGAUGGUGCUAUGAUGCAGUCUUGGAAUGAUGCAGGUUAUUUUGGGGAAGGAGUUGAAUUUCGCAAGUUGGGAGGCACAGACAGUGACUGGGUUCGAGUAACGAUUUUCUCCUGA